AUGAUCAGAGCCAAAUCGAUCGAGCACCGAGCAUUGGUUUUACAAAAAUAUACGACUGACUGCAGCUGCAUGAACGAUACAAUAAUACGUCACUGUGCAUGUGAGAUUGUAAGUACAGCAUAGUGCGCCAUGCAUGCACUUUCGUUUCCAUCUGGCCGAUCGUAACAAACCACUGCGAGAGAUACGAACCUGUACCGAAAUUUCAAAGCUUCGGAGGAAUUCGUUAGACUUUAGAGACUUCAUCGGUACCUUAUCGUGAUGGAUGAUUCGUCAGAACCGGUUGAAAAUGUAAAGAGAUCAAAGCGGAGUCAUCCUGGGAACAGAGAUGAUCCACCAUCGGCAGAAGAAGUGCAGUACGAAUCUGUAUCCUCCGUAUUCGAAACCCUAAACAAAUUGGAAGUGGAACAUCUGCUGCGUGGACGGUUUAAGCGGGAUUUCCUACCUACUGAGGCGACUUUUCCUUCUGGUUUCCGCAAAGUUGUGCAGCCUGCCGAUCUGAAAGGGUUCGAUUUAGCUGCAACAAAGGCAUUUCGGAAACCGCUGGGAGUUCCAUCGCAUUUAUUUUUCGAGCAGUACGAAGAUCUGACAAACACCAGAGAUGUCCUGCUGCAGAAAGCUGGUGGCGCUGUGUGUGCUGCUUAUGAAAUUGCGUAUGGAGAUCAAAUCGCAGUGUAUUCGAGCUUCAUGGCGUCGGCGCUGGAAGCCGGACAAAUACCGUACCAACCACAGGCCACUCCACAACGUGCAACUUUGAGAGCUAAGGAGGCAGGCGAUGAUUCCAGACGUCGCCUGACUGAGUUUGUCCACAUGCUUCCUGGUUUCGAAGAGAUUAGUGCUGAGGAUCGGGAUAUUUUGCUUUGGGACAAGAGUCUUAUUGGUACUUGGAUUCAUCACAUGAAGUAUUUUUGUAAGGGAGACUGGUACUAUAUUUUCCCGGGUCCGGAGCAAAUUCACGCGAACAACUACUGUUUCGAGCAGCUUGGCGUUGCUCUGGAAUUCGUGCAGCUAGGCCAUAAAUUCUGUGCAGUAUUUAAUGGAAUUGGACUCACACUAACGGAAUCCUAUCUGCUGCUUGCCGCAGCGUUUUUUGACCCAGAUACGACCACUGCAUCCAAUAAACAAUUGCUUGGGGAUCUUCAUAUGUUAUAUAUGGAUGCGUUAACUUACAUGAUCGGCCAUGGACGAAAUGCUGCAGAACGCAUUGCGGUCUAUAAGAAACUAGAGGAAGCGCAUUCUACACCGACUACACUUCGUAGAAUGGGUAGGCAAUUUUUAUCGAUUGCUUUUCCUCUUCUUGGUUAUGGAGCGUGA